GAAGGCGGUGAUGAAUCUCAAUGAACAACAAAGUUCUUUGCAAUAUAUGUGGGAAAGAGAUUACAUUUAUGCUGUCAAUUUGACAGUGAAAGGUUUUAAUAUAGACCUUAGUAAAAUCUCGACAAUCUUCACCAGCAUUGACCUCUCAAAUAAUAACUUUCAUGGAGAGAUUCCAAGUGUUAUUGGAAAGCUUAGUUCACUUAGAGGGCUCAACCUUUCUCAUAACAGCCUUACUGGUCAUAUCCCUACGUCAAUGGGAAAUAUGACUAGUUUGGAAUGGUUAGACCUUUCUUCAAACAGGCUUAUGGGGAAAAUUCCUAACGAAUUGACAGAUCUGACAUUUCUUGCCUUCUUAAAUCUUUCACACAACCAACUCACGGGACCAAUUCCUCAAGGCAAACAAUUCAGUACAUUUGAAAAUGUCUCAUACGAAGGAAACUUGGCACUAUGCGGCUUUCCAUUGUCAAAAGCUUGCAACAAUGAUGGGAGAAAACAAUCAUCUCCAUCUGUUGACUCAGAGACCAACAUCAGUUUUGGCUGGAAAGUUGUGUUGAUGGGCUACGGAUGUGGACUGAUAUUUGGAGUCCUUGUUGGAUAUGUUGCAUUCAGAAACGGUGAUCCAAAAUGGUUUAUAACGUUAUUUCGAGUCAAAUAUCAUCGAAGGGCAAGAAGGCGGUCGCGGAACUAGUCAAUGCGGAUGACUUUGGAAGUAUUGUAACCUUUGUUUUUCUGUUCUAAGUCCCUGUUGUUUUUAUUUCACUCCCAAGAAUUCAUGGAUAUGUCUUUGUCUGUCUUUGCUUUUGCGCUACAAAUUAGUAAUUCGUGUAAUAAAAUAGCCAUGUAUUUCAUAAGCGAAUACAUAUGGAGCUGGAGUGUGGUUGCUGCUUUUGCUUAAUGCAUGGCUUCUCUUGAUAUUUCCUCCUGAUCUUUUUAUUCUUACCUCCAUUUGUACCAAAGAAUCUCAUUCU